CCCGGGUCCGAGCCCGGGUGCCGCCCCCGCUGGGCUGCGGCCAUGGAACUCAGCGCUGAGUACCUCCGGGAGAAGCUGCAGCGGGACCUGGAGGCAGAGCACGUGGAAGUGGACGACACGACUCCCAACCGUUGCGCGUCCAGCUUCCGAGUCCUGGUGGUGUCGGCCAAGUGUGAGGGGAAGCCGCUGCUUCAGAGACACCGGCUGGUGAACACGUGCCUAGCAGAAGAACUCCCGCACAUCCAUGCCUUUGAGCAGAAAACCCUAACCCCAGAGCAGUGGGCCCGUGAUCGGCAGAAACAAGGGACCUGGACCAGCACAGCCAUUAAAUUAUGAAUCAGGG